AAACAAUCAUGUUGAUGUCUAUCCUUCUUCGUUCAGUCACUGAGUUAUGUCCAGUUUAUUCUCCAUUUUUCGGAUCAAUGGGAAUUACUGCUUCUAUUGUUUUCACUGUAUUUGGUGGUGCAUAUGGAACUGCUAAAAGUUCAGUUGGUAUUAGCUCAGUAGGUGUUAUGAAGCCCGAAUUUAUUGUGAGAUCAGUUGCUCCAGUUGUUUUUGCUGGUAUUAUCGGUUUGUAUGGACUUAUUGUUUGUAUUCUGCUUUUUAUUAAUGUAACUAAAUCUGAAUAUUCUCUUAAUCGUGCCUUUUUGGAUCUUGGAGCUGGAUUAACUUGUGGUUUGUGUGGUUUGGCUUCAGGUAUGGCAAUUGGUAUUUCUGGUGAUUGUGGUGUAAGAGGAGCUGCACAACAACCAAAACUUUUUGUUGGUAUGCUUAUUUGUCUAAUUUUCUCAGAAGCUCUUGCUUUGUAUGGAUUUAUCGUUGCAUUGAUUAUGGCUUCAACUGGAGAAAAUUCAUGUGUUGCUACUGCUUCUUCAUCAAGUGCUUAAAUUAACAUACUUGUUGAGGUUAAUUGAUUAGUUUUUAAGUUAA